AUGGCGGAUGUGGAUACGAGCUUCAUCGACCUCAGCACCGACCACGACCUCUUCAUGCCAACCCAGGGCCAAAUCCAGCGCAACCGCCUCGAAUGCCUGGACGGAGAGGCCACCGACGUGCAGAAGUACAGCGACGAGGGGGAGGGAGCCUUGCCUUACCUCCAGUACGGCGUGCAAACCCCGAGAUACUGCCCAGACACCUCCGUCGGCAACUUCGAAGACUCCGGCAGCUCGCUCUUCAGUUGCCAACACUACGGGGGUUCUCUGCAAAGCUUCCGGGAGUAUGUUGGAACACCGCCUCUCGCUCAAGGAGAAGGGACUACCGUACCUUCUUUUCCGGAGAUAUCCUUUAUUCCAGGCCUUGCUCCCACCGUGCCCGCCGUCUCUCCCAAACCCGAAAUAAGCUUCGUGCACGAACCCAUUCAGAAAUACAGAUUCAGAUACCUUUCCGAAGAGGGUUCUCAUGGUCAUCUCGCGGCAUCGAACUCUACAGCGAAUCGACACAGCGCUCCUACUAUAGAGGUGAGAAACAUCCCAGGGGACGUGGAGCUCAGACUCGCCUUGUAUACAGCACAGGGGCAAUGUCUGCACAAACUCCUACGGCUCCAUCAGGUAACAGAAGGCAGGGGAGCGCAACGCGGACGAAGAACACUAAACGAUCUGAAAGAAGAAAUGAAAUUCGUCAAAUUAGCGCAGGAUGGACCGCUUGUCGAGCUGCGUGGACUCGGCAUCAUUAAACUGACCAAAGAUGACCUACAGGAGUCUGGGAAGACGUUAGACGAAGCCCAGCGAAUUCACCGUGAGUUCAACCGCCUGGACACGUGCUUGGGCGUCACGGCUUACGUGGGGGAGAGAAAAGUCGCUGGGCCCGUUUUUUCCUCGAAGAUCACGAACUUGAGAUGUGCCUCUCAGCUGAAGAUCACGAGGCGCUCCGUGUUGACGACAUCUGCGGAGGGAGGUCAGGAAAUGUGGUUGCUCACGGACAAGGUCAAGAAAGGAGACAUCGAAGUCCGGAUUACUGACGGCGAAGGCUGGGAUGACAAGUGCACGGGCCUUGAGAUUUUCCAUCAGUUUAUCAUUAUCUGCAGGACCCCAGCAUAUCCUGGCAACCUGGAGGCGUCGGGUCGGACGAUGCACCUGUACUUGUAUCGGAAGUCGGAUCAGGAGUCCAGCGAUUCGUACGACAUAAAAUACGCGCCAGGCAGGGUCGCCGGCGAGUCGUCCACUCAGGUGCCGAACGCGAAGAAAAGGAAAAUCGUGGACAAGGAUGCGGAUUUCGAACUACUGAUGCCACAUCUAGAGCAGAUGCGAGCGCUUCAUCAGAACGACAUGGCAGGCGAGACGCAACCUCUGUUCGUCCCCCAAAUACUCGCUUUGCCACAGGAGUUUAGUCGGUCCCCAACUACUCCGCCGACAUGCCAGGACAGUCCACCAGGGCAUCCGUCUCAACUACGUUCGCCUGCCUCUCAGACAGUUGCGUCUCAGCCACACUUCCGGACAACUCUCCAGGCUUCUCACUUAACACCCGUCACGUCAAGUUAUUCCCUAGACGUCAAUUGGGCAUCGACGCAACCAAACUUGCAGGUGAACAGUCCCAACGGCGCACCAUCAACCAUGCAACCGUCCCCGCACUUUCCCUACGGCCCACAGGACCCCAAACCUUUCCACGUCACCAAUCAGUCGCCGACGACCUACGCAGGCCACGCAUCGCCGAGGACUUCGCUCCAUGACAUACAGUCCAGCGCCCGCUUCAACGGGGCACCCACUCGCCAGGAAAACCGACUGGCACACAACCCGAAUGCCACGGAGGCCUUUGCACCGUCCGCCUCACCUUUCCGCCAGGGACACGGGAGGCUGCAGGAGACCAAUGCAACAGAGGGAAUUGCAACAGCAUCCAUGCUUUCUUUCUUCGACUUCGCUUCGGACUUCGACUUGGAAGCGCCUUGUCCUCAGGGUCGAGUGGGUGCAUCUCCGUCGUGGUCUUUGGUAACGGACUCAGCUGGUUCAUCCCAUCAUCGUAACACUAAAAAAAAUACAAAAGAAAGUAAAUACGACUGGGAGGAAGAAGAGAAAGAGGGGGAGAAGAACAAGAUAGAGGGAGUGACAACGAAAAGGUGGAAACAGACGGUAGUCAAAGAGGAGAAAGAAGAGCCAGCGAAAGAGAGAAGAGGGAAAAACGAAGAAAAUCGGAAGUCACCGUUCGAAUCGGGAGAUGGCAGGGAAUGCAAGAAUAGGAAAUUCAUUGACGUGAAUGCAAGAGAUAGAUACGGAGACACACUACUACACUACGCCGUCCGGAAAGGCGAUUCCCUGGCCGUGGCGUGGCUCGUUUCCCAGGGCGCUGACGUCAACCAGCAAGCACAGCUGAGUGGUGACACCCCCCUCCACCUCGCCGUGAAGUAUGACAUGCGUGUGGUGCUCAGAGUGCUGCUAGAUUUGGAAAACCUUGACCUGCACGUAAAGAAUGACGCAGGUCAGACCUUUCUUGACGUCCUGCAGCCUGACUCAUCUGUUUUGCAGGACGUGCUGGGGCAUGCGAGAACGCGCAAAAUGAGCUUGCAAGUCUGUUUUUCGGACGCUUCCCUCGAGGACACGCCUGUGCCUGGUGGACAUCUUGAACAGCAACGCGGCGACAUCAGCCACACAAAAUCCACUUCCCAGACGGACUCGUUAAAUGAGCCGAGAGACGAAGCGAGAGGCGAAGAGAAGAACGAGAAGGAAGGGGAGGAAGGGGAAUCGAGGGAGAGGCGGAAAGAAACGCCUCAAAUCAAUCUUUGGUACUACAUGUUUCUCCCGAUUUUCCUCGCUUACUGCUAUUCCGUGGUGUCGUAUUGGUCUAAGGAGGACUUGGGAUGACGCCUUGGGAUGAUGGUGAUGGUGAUGAUGGUGGUACUGGUGGUGGAGAAUAUGGAAUAUAUCAGAACUUAUACAGUUUUCCAAUCAAAAUGUUGUUGCUAGUUA